AUGUCAGACGCCCUUUUGGACUUUCUCUCGUCCAUUGGCGAGGAAGUCGUUGAUGCCGAGGAAGAAUCAUUUCUUCUCUUCUCCCGCACAAUUCCCUCCAACAACCUAGGCUUCCUCAACUCGCGCGCGACAACAAUAGACCUCACCAUACACUCCCACGACUAUACAAUCCACCAAUCGCCCACUCUACUCUCCUCAACUCGAGACGGGGGUACCACGGGCGCCGUACUGUGGAAAAUCACGCCUUUAUUCGCAUCCUGGAUUUCGUCCACCUCCACAAACCCGUUUUGGUCAUCACAGUCGCAGGCUUUGGGGAAGGAUGCGGCGGUGCUUGAACUCGGGUGCGGAAUCUCGGGGCUGGUGGCGCUCACGCUUGCGCCGUUGGUGAGAAAGUAUGUCGCUACGGAUCAGGAGUAUGUGAGGCGCUUCUUUCGGCAGAAUGUUGAUGAGAAUCGGCCUAUCUCUACCAAAAAGGGGCCAUCGAAGAAGGGGCGAGCAGCAGGAGGGGGCACAAAACGGGGAAAGGAUAGCACCAACGCCAAUAGCGACAGCAACAGCAAUAUAGAAUUCAUCCCGCUGGAUUGGGAACUGGAUGUCCCGCGUAACGAGACUCUUCAUGCUGACGACACGACCACCGAAGCAGGAUUCGAUCUGGUGAUUUCCUGCGACUGCAUAUACAAUGAAGCCCUCAUCCCAUCUUUUGUGCGCACAUGUGCCGAUGUUUGUCUAUUACGGUCAGCUGCCAACACCUCCAAUCACAACGCAAAAGGUGAAGGGGAAAGAAACCCGACGAUAGCGAUGAUAGCGCAGCAACAGCGGUCGCCGGAUGUAUUCGAAGCAUGGCUCAAAGAGUCGUUGCGCUAUUUCCGGGUUUGGAGAGUUGAGAAAUUUGAAUCCGGCCCGAGGACGGGUUCUGAUGAGGCAGGGGGAAGUAGUGGAUUGGACGAAGGGAGUGGGUAUGUGGUUCAUGUCCUUGUGCUCAGGGAUGAUUUACCUUUCACUCCUUGUACUUAA